UCGCCUCUGUGUACUUGGUUUUGAGAGUACUUUGGCGCUUAAAUUAUUUCCCGGUUUUAGUUUUGUGCUAGAAGUCAGAAGGACAAAUAGUAAAGAGUACAAUUCUUGAGUUAAGUUGCUGCGGUGUGUGUAGUAAGAAGAAAUUCUUUCAAGGAUUUUCCAUGAUAGAAAAUGUCGUUUCUUUCGCCAACACUUAAACUCGAAAAUCUUGCUAAGGAACCUCAAUUAGUUCAAGACCACUUACCUGAAGAAAAUCGUUAUGCUAAGGGCAAUUUUGUAGCUAGAUGGUGUGUUCCAAUAAAUGGACGGAUGUAUCGUAUUGAACUUGAUCAUGGCACGACAAGCGGUAGAAGAAUGGUUUGGAUAAAUGGAAAAGAAAUAAUUCGCCGCGACUGGAUGUUCAAGCUUGUUGGUGAGGAUUCUUUUAAGAUCGACAAGGCAAGAUGUAUAAUUCGAGUCGAUCCUGCACCUGGUUUUAAGUAUCAAUAUUCACUUUACAUCGAUGGCCAACCUUAUAAGCAAUACACAAAAGAACUAGCAAGGACUCUAAGGACAUGGAUAACAGUUGUCGAUGAGGUUGAAUACAGGAUUGUGUUAGAAUUGGAUUCCCUUAAUAUUUUUCUCAAUGAUAAAUUAAGAGAUGAAAUGGGAGAAUUUGUUGAUGGAGGAACUGAUACUUACUUUGAAGAAAAUGGCGUAAAAUUUCAACUAUGCGCUCGUUCAAGUGGAAAUGGUAUUCGUCAUUCGUUAAAAGUUAAUGGAGAAGUUAUACCAGAAGUUAGUUUGAUAAAUCUUGAUGAAAAAGAUUUAAAGCCGACUUAAAAGUAUGUAUAAUAGAAAUAAGCUUUCAUGUGAUAGAAAUAAUUUAUAAAGCAUUCGAGUUGUAUACGUUUUUUAAGGAUGUUUUGACAAUGUAUUAAUUUAAGAAAUAAAAUAAUAAAGUUUAUAAAAUUUGCUAAAAAU